CGGCAAACUCGGAGCACCCUGAUAGCGGCGGGACCCGAGCCUCGACGCCAGUCUUGGUCGGCUUCGGAGAGCGCCAAAGGACGCAUAGCGAUGGCGGUAGUUUCUGCUGGCCGUGAUUAGAAUUCUGAGGAAUCUCAAUUUCAAUUUCAAUUUUAAUUUCAAAUUUCGAUUUCAAUUUCGAUUUCGAUGAUGCAGUGCGGACGUCUCAGGAAUGCUGACGUGGCAGCGCGGUGGGCUGUUGGGGUAUGUGAGAGGGGAACGACUGCUGACGUGUUAUUAUGCUGGUGACGGUGGCUGUAAGGGGGGCAGCUAUAAGGGGGCUCUGCAGGCAGAGUCACCAUCGCGAUCAGUUGCGCCACGUGUGGGGGCGUUGGACACGUGGGCGGGGUGGUCGGCGAGGGAGUUCGGAAGGUCGGUGGGGUGGCCGGCGUUGGACACGUGGCGCUCGCGUGGGGGAUGAUGAUGUGAAGAAAUGAAUGGAACGGUCAGGGCGCCUUGGGGGCGGGGGAAUUAGCUGAUGUUUUCACCUGUGGCGCCGGAUGAGGAGUGAAAGCUGCCGAUCGGGGGGUUGAUUCUAUCUGUGUAUCAACCAAUCAGGGUGCAGGAAUGCACAGCAGGAUAAUGUCCUUGAUUGGUUUCACGAGAAUGACAGUGGCAGGAUGGAGACCGCCCAAACCCAGCGUGAGGUAUCUCGAUCUUUCCGCUUGGAUGGGGUAAGCAAUAACCGGUAGGGCCAACCCGAGCUGCGGAGGUGGAGGAGGAGGAAGAUCUCAACCAGGCUCGGAAAAGUUCCCAGCUGGCGAUCGUGAGUAGGCGCCAACCCGAGCUGCUGUCGUUUACCCCGCUGGCUGGCUCAUUCACACCCAGCUGAACACCUACGGAUCUUUACCCUCUACUUUGCGGCUUUUGGCACUGUGCUGUGGGGCCUUGGCUCUGUGUGUGUCACACACACACUCACAGGGGGGGGGAGAGAGAGAGAGAGAGAGAGGGAGAGAGAGAGAGAGAGAGAGAGAGAGAGAGAGAGAGAGAGAGAGGCGCAGACGGGGAGAGAGAGAGAGAGGGUGAUAGGAGGAGUUGAGAGAGGGAAGAGGGGGGAAAGAUGUCGGUCGCGGCGGGCGUGACCGAGGCCGCUUUGGCGGUCAGAGAGAAGCUGCGCUUGCGGCAGGUGAAGGUGAAACGUUAUUGGCCGGGAAAGGCACCAGAAUGGGCUGUGGAGGUGGAGGAGGAGGAAGAUCUGACGGUCGCGAUCCCGGCGGCAGGGGAGAAGGGAGCGGCGGGGGAAAAGCCGAAGUUGAAGACUGAUGAUCCCCGGCUGAGGAGAAUUGCGGAGAGCAGGAGGGAGAGGGAGGAGGCCAUUGCGCGCCAUCGACAGAUCAGAGCUGCGGAGGUGGUCUCCACGCGUGAGGAUGAUGAGAGGCGGGCUUUGGCGGCCGCUAGAAGGGGUUAUGCCUCCGAGGAGGAGGAUGAGGAAGACGAGGAGGAAGAGGAUGAUGAGGAGAUCGAGGCCAGGCGAGCGCGGAUCCGAGCAAGGCUUUUGGCUCGUCAGAAAGAUGAAGAGCUUCCGCCGGAGGAGGAGGAGGAGGACGAGGAAGACGAGGAAGAAGGUAGCGAGUACGAGACUGAUUCUGAAGAGGAGUACGCCGGCGUGGCUAUGGUGAAGCCUGUGUUCGUCCCGCGCGGCGAGAGGGAAACCAUCGCCGAGAGGGAACGCCUCGAGCAGCAAGAGGCGGCGUUAUUGGAAGCCGCGAAGAAGAGACUGGAGGUGAGGAAGGUGGAGACGAAGCAGAUCGUCGUAGAGGAGAUUCGGAAGGAAGAGGAGGUCGAGAGAAAUAAGGGGGAGGAUGGAGAUGGUGCAGAGGUGAUCACAGAUGAUGACAUCAACGAAGCAGAAGAGUACGAGAUGUGGAAGCAACGAGAGAUGAGGAGGAUAAAGAGGGACCGAGAAGAGAGGGAAAUGGCUGCCAAGAGCAAGGAGGAGCUUGAAAAGAUACGUAACAUGACGGAAGAAGAGCGGCGGGAGUACGAGAGGCGGAAUCCGAAGCAGUCGUCAGCCCCGAAGAAGAAAUGGAAGUUCAUGCAGAAGUACUAUCACAAAGGCGCCUUCUUCCAGGCGCCGACCGAUGACAAGUUUGGCACAGCUGGUACUGACGACAUUUUCCAUCGCGACUUCUCGUCCCCCACCGGCGAGGAUAAAAUGGACAAGACGAUUCUUCCCCGGGUCAUGCAGGUCAAGCACUUUGGUCGCAGUGGCCGCACGAAGUGGACGCAUCUGGUCGCCGAGGACACGACGCAAUGGGAUAACCCGUGGACUUAUAAUGAUCCGCUGCGGGUCAAGUACAACAACAAAAUGGCAGGAAUGAACCGACCGAUUGCGAAGCCAGCAGGGAACAAGAAACUGAAGGAAUGGGGCGACGAUAGCGUCGAGACUUGAGGGGACCAAGUUAUGGAGCGCUGGCCUGCCCCCGGAACGGUUCCUGUGUACAGCCCCUUCUCCAACUUCACUUUGUGCUAUGUGAAAAAAUUCAAAGUACGUCAUUGCCUUUGCAUUUGAAAAAGUGGUUUGCAGCUGCUGUUGUCGUGUCAUUGCUGCUGUUUUUGUGGUUUCCAGCUUCUUGCACAUUCUUUUCUCAUUUGCCCUUUGUUUCCCUUUGUUUCCUCCCUCCCACAAGUUUCACAUCGAAAUGCGCCACUGGGAUCUCGUCGGUAUCACCUCUAGGCUUUAGUGUUUUGUAAUUGUUUACGUAAGAAAAGUACCACCCGUGGGAUCUCGCCGGUAUCACUUCGAGGCUUUAGUGUCGUACGUGGUCCCGCAACGACCAAAAGUGCAUCUCUUGUACUCGAUUGUACCUGUUUGGUUGGCUGCCCUUCGCUGCAGCGGCACUUCGUUCCGCCAACAGAAACGACACUGCCCCUUUUUUACGCCAGUCCGUCCUUUCGGAUCGUCUUCCCCUCUCCUCGUCUCUUCCUCCCCCCAUCCCGUGCGUUUGCCUCAAUUG